AUGCUGUGCUGUGGGCCCAGCUCCAUGCUGCUGCUGCUGGCGCUGCUGCUGGGGGCGGCCACCGCUGCCCCCCUGGCGCCUAGACCCUCCAGGGAGGAGCUCACCCGCUGUCUGGCAGAAGUGGUCACAGAAGUGCUGACACUGGGCCAGGCCCAAAGAGGACGCUGCAUGGCUCUCCUCCACAAAGAGAUCUGUGAGUCCGAGCCCUAUGGCUGUGUGUCCACUGAGGAGAAAGGCAUGCUGGCUGGGGCUCUCAAGAAGCAGGAGGCUGGGAAGACAAGGGCCAGCCAGGAGGUGAGAGACGAGGAAGAGGAGGAGGCCGCAGAGAGGACUCACAAGUCUGAGGUCCGGGAACAGGCCAUCCACGAGCAGCUCCGCCACCGGCUCCACCAAGAGGAGGAUGAGGAGGAAGAAGAGGAGGACAAGAAGAGGGGGCCCAUGGAUACCUUCCAGGACCUGUGGCAGCAGCGUCUAGAGGGCGGAAGGGGCCCCCAGAAGCGGAUGGCAGAAAAGGCCAGCGACGAGGAGACAGCCCAGUUUGAAGCAGAAGAGAAGGGCGUGCAGGUGCUGGGUGGGGACCGCAGCCUGUGGCAGGGGACCAGCAGGGGCGAGGGAGAUGGGCACGGGGACUUGCCACCCCACCACCACCACCACCGCCCACCCGAUGCUGAGCCCAAGCAGGAGGAGAAGGAGGAGGCUUUGGAGAGGGAGGAGCAUGCUGUGGAGCAGCUGGAGCACAUGAGAGAUGAGCUGAAGAAGGCAACAGAGACGCUGGGGGAGCAGCUCAGGAGGGAGGGAUGGCCCCACCCCAGGCCCACCUUCUUCCCAACACACCCCACAGCUUAGGACUGUUGGCCUCAAAGCCCCCACCUCUCCUGUAUCUCUUGGCCCCCCACCUGGCAGGGGUGGCAAGGGAAUGCCUUGUAACCAAGUCUGAGAGACCGAGUCUGAGACGGGGAGAAGUCUGGGCUCAGACCUGACUCGGGACACACCCCCAACACCCAUCCAUCCCCACCGGCCCUUCUGAGUGAAUAAAGCAAAAGAAAACCAC